AAAGCCUUGUUUUAUGGGACUUUGAACAUGUCGGGGAUUGCCCUCAGCAGACUCGCCCAGGAGAGGAAAGCCUGGAGAAAGGACCACCCGUUUGGCUUUGUGGCUGUCCCGACAAAGAAUCCUGACGGCACGAUGAACCUCAUGAACUGGGAGUGUGCCAUUCCAGGGAAGAAAGGGACUCCCUGGGAAGGAGGCUUGUUUAAGCUACGGAUGCUUUUCAAAGACGAUUAUCCAUCCUCACCCCCAAAAUGUAAAUUUGAGCCACCACUGUUUCACCCGAACGUGUACCCUUCGGGAACAGUGUGCCUGUCCAUCCUCGAGGAGGACAAGGACUGGAGGCCAGCUAUCACGAUUAAGCAGAUCUUGUUAGGAAUACAGGAACUUCUAAAUGAACCAAAUAUCCAGGACCCAGCUCAAGCAGAGGCCUACACGAUUUACUGCCAAAACAGAGUGGAGUACGAGAAGAGGGUUCGAGCACAGGCCAAGAAGUUCGCACCUUCAUAAGUGGCGACCGCGCGGCAGUGUAAGAAGGAAGGGAUUGGUUUGGCAAGAACUUGUUUACAACAUUUUUGCAAAUCUAACGUUGCUCUGUACAGUUACUAGUCACCUGGGAGGGUGGGCGGGCGCCAUUUUCCAUUUCCGCCACUGGCACGCAGUCCUCGACUCGCUGAGCUGCCCGGUUUUUCAUACAGGGUCUCUUCCUUCAGUCUUUUGUAUUUUUGAUUGUUAUGUAAAACUUGCUUUUAUUUUAAUAUUGAUGUCAGUAUUUCAACUGCUGUAAAAUUAUAAACUUUUAUACUUCGAUGAGCCCCGAGGAGCUAGUUUCCUUUGCUCGCGGAUGCAGGCAUGCUUCCCACCGUGUAGCAGUACACAUAGCCUCCCGCCGGCCCCCCUCCCGCCUCGCUCCCCGCAGAACCCGGGUUGUGUUGCUUAUGAGCCUCAGAUCCAAAGGCAGCCGGCGUCUCGUUUCCGCAUCACUUCCUCUGUGUUUAUAUGGCGUUUUGUCUGUGUUGCUGUUUAGAGUAAAUAAACUGUUUAUAUAAA